AUGGCGGCCGUGAAGUUCGCGAACAUGGCCGUCGUGGCCUUCGUCCUCGCCCUCAUAGCGCUCGCCGUGACCGCCCAAGUCGAGGCCCUGCCGCUGAGCCUCACCUCCCUAGCGAGCUCCGUCUCCCCGUCGAUCCUUUCCGCCGGAGUAGAGGCGCACACGAUCUGCUCGGAGUGCGGCCUAGUGUUGGAGGCGCACUCCAUCGACGAGACCUCCGAGUGGUGGACCUUCGCCAGCGAGUCCAACGACAACGACCCCGUCCGCGUCGGUGGGCCCUACAACCCCCUCCUCACCGACGGCGGCCUCUCCACCGUCAUCUCCAAGCCCAACGGCUCCUCCGGCAAGUUCCUUAGCUCCUCCCUCGGCAAGUGGCAGGGCCGCGGCGCCAACCCCGACCGCAACCUUAUCCAGGCCUUCAAGUCCAUUGCCAUCAUGUCCGAUAGGUAA